AUGGGCUUCGCCCGUCCCACUCUGGUACAAGCAAAAGCGAUUCCAUUAGCUCUCGAGAGCAAAGAUAUCUUAGCUCGUGCUCAGACUGGAAGUGGAAAGACUGCUGCAUAUUUGCAUACCCAUCGCACAGAAGAUACUCAAUGCAAAAAAGAGGAUGUCUCGUACCAGGCAACUCGGGCCUUAAUUUUGGUUCCAACCAGAGAAUUAGCCCAACAGGUAUGUGAAAAAGAAAUCACCUGUGUCAAUAUCUCUGCCGGGACGACCUCGCAUCUACAACGGACUCUUCUGUCGGACAAACCUGACAUCGUGGUCGCUACACCAACUCGGGCAUUAGUACUCCUUCAAUCCAAGUUUUCCAGUCGCUGCUUUGGUGCUCUGGAGUCGCUGGUCUGCGAGGAGUCUCUGGCCAUUCGGAUGUAUCUACCAAAAAGUAUUUCAAUCAUUCUUAUGAGCGCCACUAUGACAGAAGACGUCGAACUUCUGAAAGGGUUAACAUUGCGCAGUCCAGCCAUACUGAAAUUAGAACAGGGCGAAGAUGAAGCCGCCAAUUUGACGCAAUACUCCGUCAAAUGCUCAGAAGUGGACAAAUUCCUCCUCACAUACGUUAUCCUGAAACUCAAGCUCAUCAAAGGAAAAUGCAUUUUAUUUGUCAAUGAUGUAGACCGGAGCUAUCGGCUCAAACUCUUUCUUGAGCAGUUUUCCAUCAAAAGCUGUGUCCUCAACUCGGAGCUCCCGCUAAACUCGAGAUAUCAUACGGUGCAGGAAUUCAACAAAGGUGUCUAUGACUAUAUAAUCGCCACUGAUGAAAGUGGAACCCAUGGAGCAGACCAAGACUCCGAAGAUGAUGGUGAUGAUGAUGAUGAUGAUGAUGAUGAUGAGGAGGAGGAGGAGGAAGAGCCCAAUGAUAAGAAUGAAGAAGCUGAACAACAGUUUACAUCUACUCAACGAGAAUUGAAGCCUUCAUCCGAAGAGCCGCCAGCAGCUAUCGGUUCCUCAAGCUCCUUGCACAAACGCAAACGAUCUUCUCCAGAGCCUAGCCAGAAGCCCAGGAAACGAAGAUCCCGAAAAGAUGGAGGCGACAAAGAAUACGGAGUAACCCGUGGAAUCGAUUUUGUCGACGUCGCCUGUGUCCUAAAUUUUGACCUGCCAGGCAGUUCACGAUCAUAUACCCAUCGCAUAGGACGCACUGCGCGCGCUGGACGGACAGGCAUGUCAUUGUCAUUUGUGGUUCCACAAGACCAGUGGGGAAAAAACAAAGUCGUGGGAUGCCUGCCAAGUGCUAAACGGGAUGUCACGAUAUUUGAAAGAAUUGAGCAAGAGCAAGCGGCAAGAGGCAGCAAGAUCAAAGACUACGUUUUUGACAUGAAACAGGUUGAGGCGUUCAGGUAUAGAAUGGAAGAUGCCCUACGCUCAGUCACAAGGACGGCAAUUCGAGAAGCUAGAAUGAAGGAGUUGAAGACAGAAAUACUGAAUUCGGAUAAACUGAAAGCCCACUUUGAAGACAAUCCUCUUGACCUAGAAUAUCUACGACAUGACAAAGUGUUACAUCCAACUCGAAUCCAGCCUCACAUGAAGCAUGUGCCAAAAUAUCUCCUUCCGCGGGUUGCCCCUGUGAAUGGAACGGCGGAAGGAGAGACGACAGCGGACAAAUCGACUGGAUCACGGCACCGAGGGCGUUGGUCGGGGACGCGUGGUGGCGACCGAGGGGGGAGAAAGAAGUCGGAUCCUUUGAAGAAAUUUGGUCGGUAG